AAAAGUACAAGAGCGUAACCUAAAUUCAUGGAUAGCCUUGAUCUGUUGAUCACGGUAAUUAUCAUGCUGUCUCAUGAAUUAAGUCUUGUAUGACGUACUUAUGAUGUACACACAAUGCCACAUCCCGCUGACAAAAUGUUCCAAAUCUCUGUAUUACACAACGUCUAGCAACCAUUUGAGCCUGUGUAUUCUCAGCUUGUGUAGCAGCCAGUGAUGGCAUCUAGGGAUGAAGAACUGCGGAGACAGUGCCAGGAUCUGCUGCAACGACUCAAGUUCCAGCAAAGUGAACUGAAGGUUAUGAUACCAAAUUCCUCAUCAACUCAUCAUCAGGAACCAUUAUCAAACAACCUGCACAGUCACAGAACUGAUUACAAGCCAGAGUACGCAAGGGACAAACUGAGAAGUGUAGUCAGAUCCACAGAGAGAGGAGACCAACAGCCCUCCUGUUCAGGUUACAGAUAUACAGGGAACCAAAAUAGGCCUUCAUAUACAAAAGUGUCCAAGUGUCUUCAAGAUGAAACAUCAAACAGGAGACAUGUUGGUGGUUCAGAGAGUGAAGGAUUUUCAGGGGUUAGUAGAGACGUCCCUGCAGUAGUCUCCUACACCACUGAUGAGAAUGUAUCAAGCGGACGAACCUGCUCUGGUAGAUACACCACUACACCCAGGACACGUCGCAGGAGAGAACUCAUCGACAGAAAUGUAAAGAUUGACAGCAGACUCAGCAACUCAGAGGAUGUUGACAGUGGGGACCGCCUGAACUUCAGCUACUCUGACGUGAUGGACGAUGACCUGACCUUCAUCAAGUCUGCCCUCAAUCAGUCACCGGAGGAACUCUUCCAGGAUGUGGCUGACCGGAGAGUCAAUGAUGACUGGGGAGCUGGGAAGUCGGACAGUGUGAGGUUUGAUGACACGCGAUGGGAGGACAGACAGGACAGGUCACUUCAGGAUGGAGUGUCAGGGGUGUCCACUGUGCCGUCUGCCGCGAUGGAUUCGGAAGUGACGUAUGCCAAGCAGCUGGUUGAUGAAGGCAACAACAAGGAGAUGGCGGGGUUUGUCCGUGAGACUGUGACAAGGCCCAGGUCCGUACUUACCAGCAAGGAUGCAUCAUUCUCGCGCAGUAGAAACAAGACGCCAACCAAGGUGAGUUUCCAUUCCACAUCUGACACAUCCAGCGUUAUCCGGCGGGAAUCUCAGAAGAAGAUGCUGGGAUACGACUGGAUCGCGGCGCUGCUGGACAAUGACAAGGACGCUAUUGAUGAGUCUGAGGCAUACUUCGAGGACCUAAAGGAGUUCCGCCGAGUCAACCGUGAAGAAUGUUCCAACAUGACAUACAUGGAAGGUCCUGUGUCUCUGGCAGCCACCAGUGAACCAUCACCGGUUGCCAAGGCCAUCUCCGACACCAAAGUGAAGCCCUACAUGGUGAAUGAGCGGCUGUUCACAGUGCCUAUCAAGAAGUGUCUGCUGGAGGACUUCAAGGGGGACACACAGGAGGAGGGGGAACAGAAGGAGCCGAAGAAAGACCCUACAGCUGAGGACCCGAGAUUUGUCAGGGUGAGUAUUCCUCGCUCCACCCUAGAGACCCCCUACCGCUUCAAACCACACCUCAGAAACAGCUUUGACCCCACAGAUUCCUGCGGACUAAGGGAGCACUGUCUCCUAGGGUGGGAGAACUCCCGACCAGCAAUGCUGCCAGCUGCCUCCAACCUCGGCAUCAGCGACUCUACACACGGCAUUACAUCCAAGAUGGCUACGACACUGGCUGAGGCAGAGCGACUAGCAAACUCGUACGAGUGGGCGUUCCCCCAAGCGACCACCCACCGGCCUGACAUGUUCCCCUCCUGGAGGAAAGGCUACCAGGACUCUGUAGUCAACCUGUCCACCGCCAAUGUCACACGACCUCUAGGGGGUGCCAGCUUGACCCAGUCCCUGGGGUCCUCCAGUCUGGGGUCAGCUGGGUCCGAGGGACUCCGGAAGACCACAAAUGAUCUGCUGAAUUCCACGUACUCCAUGAUGUACGAAAUGGAGAGGCUGAAGAGAGAGAGGGCACAGGAUCCGAAGAGCCAGGCCAAAGGUGUAGCAUAGGACAAUGUAGAAACAGUUAUUUAAAUGGAUUCUUGGGAUAUGGGGUUAUUAGUUUAAGCAAGAGUCUUCUAUUUGACAUUUUGUUGGUCGAAGAUAUUGCUAUUUUAAUUAGUAAGAAGAAUCCGAAUAUUUUAAGCCUGUAUAACUGUAACAGUGGUAUGUACCAGUAUGUUUGACUUAUUUACACGGGUCCCUAUGACAGGUCAUUGUAAAGUUACAUGAUCUGAGCUAAAUUCUGUUGAAAUGUGUGACAGGAUUAGGUUCCUGGGCCCCCUUCCUCAAAGCGAUCGUAGCGCUAAGAUGAUCGUAACUCCCAUACUUUAACAUAGACUUACGCCAGUCGUAGCGCUACGAUCGCUUUGAGGAACGGGGCCCUGCUGUGGACAGACGACACUACUGCAGGAGACUGGUUUAGACAGAGUUUGCUGUAGGGGGUCUUUAUGGCAGUGGCUCUCUGGACAUUUGACCCUUGUUGAUACUGCUGUUAUGUUGGGAUAUAUGUAACCAAAGUAGAAUGCUGACCAUUCCGUUUUUAACAAUAAAUGUGUUUAAUAUGG